UCCAGCGGCAACAUCAUGGAUGAGAGUUCGUGGAGGCGAGCUAUUUCCGAAUUUCAAAGUUUUGCUGGAUUAAAUAACACUGGUGAACUUGACGAAGAAACUAUUAAGCUGAUGUCACUGCCAAGGUGUGGAGUUAAAGAUAAAGUAGGCUUCGGUGAAAGUCGUGCCAAAAGAUACGCACUACAAGGUUCAAGAUGGCGCGUAAAGAACCUUACAUACAAAAUCUCCAAGUACCCUUCACGCCUGAACCGCGCGGAAGUUGACGCCGAACUUGCGAAAGCUUUCUCUGUUUGGUCGGAUUACACGGAUCUCACCUUCACACAAAAGCGAUCCGGUCAAGUGCAUAUCGAAAUCAGGUUUGAAAAAGGCGAGCACGGUGACGGCGAUCCCUUCGAUGGUCCUGGAGGCACCCUCGCCCACGCCUACUUCCCGGUCUAUGGUGGAGAUGCUCAUUUCGAUGACGCUGAAAUGUGGUCAAUAAGUUCAAGGCGAGGAACUAAUCUUUUCCAAGUGGCUGCUCACGAGUUCGGUCAUUCUCUCGGAUUAUCCCACAGCGAUGUACGUUCAGCUCUAAUGGCGCCCUUCUAUCGAGGAUUCGAUCCCGCAUUUCAACUUGACCAGGAUGACAUUCAAGGAAUACAGGCGCUGUACGGGCAUAAAACUCAGAUUGAUAUCGGCGGUGGUGCCGCACCAAAUCCUUCAAUACCACGCAUCACCACUCCUCAACCCGCCGCAGAAGAUCCAGCUCUUUGCGCUGAUCCUAACAUUGACACCAUAUUUAACUCUGCCGAUGGAUCUACCUUUAUUUUCAAGGGUGAACAUUACUGGCGGUUGACGGAGAGUGGCGUAGCAUCGGGUUACCCACGUCUCAUUUCACGUGCAUGGCCCGGUCUGCCCGGAAACAUCGAUGCUGCAUUUACCUACAAAAAUGGAAAAACAUACUUCUUCAAGGGCUCUAAGUACUGGAGGUACAAUGGGCAGAAAAUGGACGGAGAAUAUCCUAAGGAGAUUAGUGAAGGUUUUACUGGUAUUCCUGAUAAUUUGGACGCCGCUCUCGUUUGGUCAGGCAACGGCAAAAUUUACUUCUACAAGGGCUCCAAAUUUUGGAGAUUUGACCCCGCUCAACGCCCCCCCGUCAAGUCAACUUAUCCUAAACCUUUAUCCAACUGGGAGGGCAUCCCCGAUAAUAUAGACGCAGCGUUACAGUACGUUAAUGGCUACACAUAUUUCUUCAAAGGCGGAAGUUAUUGGCGGUUUAAUGACAGAACUUUCAGUGUGGACACGGAUAACCCAGCGUUCCCACGGUCCACCGCCCACUGGUGGCUCGGCUGCAGCAGCGCACCUCGCGGCACCGUCGGAGGUAACGCGCGUCUCUCUGCACCCACGCCCUCGGAAGAGGACGAUGUCGGCGACAUAUUGUUCGACGCAGAUGCGGGUGAGCCGGCGGGCGGCAACGGCGCGGCGCGAGCGCGACGCCAUACGGGCGCGAUUUUAGCCGCGGCGCUGUGCCUGUUGGUGCUGGUCUACUCGACGCGCGUUUAGCGUGUCUCCUUUACCGCGUCUCCACUGUGAUCGUGUUGUGUGCCUGUACGCGUUCGAUAUAUUGUGUAUAGCGAACGUUUUGCUGUGAUGAAUGCGUCCUUUUAUACUGUUGCGAGAACAAUAAUUUAAUUCGAAGUCAUAGUUUUUAUACUUAAUAUAAAUAGAUGAUGUAAGCUCGAGUGUGAUAUUGACGUAAGCGACGACUUUUGUAAUAAAACUUUUAAAGUUU